AUGAGACCAAAACACGCAAGCAUCACCUGCGCCAUCCCCACUCCACCCCCUGCUCUUUAUGCAACUGUUGCCGCCUUUGAUCCUGCCAAUGCUCUUCUUGUCACCACAGCUGGUGGGACAACAACAAGAUUGAAGGCCCUCUGCCAACUGGCCUGUGCUCACUUCGCUGGCUGUGGCGCCUGUGAGUGGCACAACAACUACCUCUACGGACCUCUGCCAGACUGCCUCUUUGACAAGUGCAUCAACGAAAUUGAUGUGAGUGGUAACAGCCUGUAUGGGCGCAUCAACCGCAACUUUGAGAACAUAGUGGCGAAUGGCAAUGCGCUCAUCAACCUGGCUCGCAACUUCUUCUUUGGUGACGGGGCGCUCUUUGCUGCGGGCUGCAAGGUCUGCCCCACCGAGGUCAACGAGCCAAACAACAACGGCAUGUGGGACACCACUGCAUGGCGAAUCUAUGGUGGCAAGUGCGGCAAUGUCGCUCAAGGCUUUUCCGUGGUGGAGCCAGGCAAGAGGGCGAGGGUGGCCCUGUCGGGCAACUGCCUGACGCUCACCCCGAACAAGAAGUGUGUGUCCAACGCCACCCAGCGCAGCACGGCAGCCUGCCAGGCAUUCUGCAGCAUCACUGCCAACGGCCCGUGUGACGGCCACGGGGCAUGUGUGCCGCUUGCCCCCGCCUCCCCCACCAACUUCACGUGCCUCUGCGAUGCGGGGUACACCACUGUUGACUCCGGCAACGGCUCCUCCACAUGCGCCAUCGUGCACUCCACCACCAACACCACCACUGGUAACCCUUGCUUCAUUCUUACAGCUCCACAGCACUGCCUCAUUGCUAUGUUCUGCAACAAUAACCACUUCCCUCACUCCUCUUGUCUGGCGCAUUGUGUGCGCACAGAGAAAUGGGAGGGUUUGGAUGUGUGUGAGCAGUUCUCGCUGCAGCAGAUGCUGAGUGCCACCAACAACUGGUCCGAGGACAACGUGCGAGCCAUGGCGUCUCUCCACCACACACACCUCGUGCGCCUGCUGGGCUUUUGCCUGGACCAGAACGUGGAGACGGGCAAGCAGGAGCAGAUCCUCGUGUACGAGUUCAUGGCCAACAGGGACCUACCACAUCCAUGCCACCGAUAG